UCAAAGAAGUACCUAACAGGAAGUUGCGCAAUUCAGGUCAAAGGUCACAUCCAACAUGGCUGACACGACCGAUGGCGUGGACGCAUCCAGCGACAACAAACCGCUUUUCCGCGACCUGACGGGAGACAUAGGCGACCAGGAAGCCACGCAAAUAGACGACACGUUAUGUAUGAACUGCCAUGAAUCGGGCACCACGCGACUGCUGAUGACGAGAAUCCCGUACUUCCGGGAGGUCGUGCUGAUGUCGUUCGACUGUCCGCACUGCAGCUUCUCUAACAACGAGCUCCAGCCGGCCAGUACCAUUCAGGACCAGGGUGUGAAGGUCUCGCUGAAGGUGGAGACAAGCAAGGAUCUGAACCGCCAAGUGGUGAAGGCAGAGUCCGCCUCUCUGUUUAUUCCUGAACUGGACUUUGAGGUUCCAGCAAACACACAGAAGGGAGUUCUAACUACAGUGGAAGGAGUGAUUGAUCGAGCAGUGAGAGGCCUGGAGCAGGAGCAGCCAAUAAGGAGGACUAUGGAUCCGGGAACUGCAGAGAAGAUAGAUGCUUUUAUCGAGAAACUGAGAGGACUGACUGAUCUCAAAACUCCAUUUACACUGGUUCUUGAUGACCCAACAGGGAACAGCUUUGUGGAAAAUCCAUUUGCUCCUUCUCAAGACAAGAGUGUGACAUUAGUUCACUACCCCAGAACAAGAGAACAGAACAUUCAAAUUGGACUGCAGCCUGAAAAUGAACCUUCAGAAGAAGCACCAACAGCUGGAGAAGCUGCAGAAGAUGGAGAAGCAGAAAAUCUGGCAGAUGAGGUUCUGUGUUUCAACACCAACUGUCCCAACUGUCAGAGUCCUGUUCCGACCAACAUGAAAGUAGUCGACAUCCCCUAUUUCAAGCAGGUCAUUGUCAUGGCUACGACCUGUGACAGAUGUGGCCACAGGUCAAACGAGGUCAAAUCUGCCUCAGGAGUGGGAGAGAAGGGCCGUCGGAUGACCUUGAACAUGACUGACCCGAGUGACCUGACAAGGGAUGUGCUAAAGUCGGAGACGUGUACUGUCUGUAUCCCUGAACUUGACUUUGAGCUGAGCCUCAGCUAUGGAAUCGGGGGCAAGUUCACCACGCUGGAGGGGCUCAUCAUUAACAUCAAGGAACAGCUGGAGAAAAAUGCCUUCUCCCUCGGAGACAGUUCCACGGCCACGGACAAUAACAAGAUGAAAGACUUCUUGGCAAAGCUGGCUGAGAUUGCAGAGGGAAAGACACUGGUUCACAUCGUGCUGGACGACCCUGCUGGUAACAGCUACAUACAGAAUGUUUAUGCUCCCGAUCCCGACCCUGAACUUGUCGUGGAGGAUUACGAAAGAAAUCAAGAACAGAACGAAGACCUGGGAUUGAACCAGAUGAAGACAGAAAACUACGAAGAAGACAAUUGAUGAAAAUCUUACAAAAAAAAUCAAACAUUUAUGUACAAGAUUCAUCUUGUCACCACAGUACUAUGAUCGAAGGAAGAGAAAUGAUUUUAAUUACUAUCUUUUAUUUACCUUACCCCACUACUAAACAUUUGGUUAUUACUGAGAGGCCACCAGAGCUAUAGAUUAGAGUGUCUCAGAAAAGCACAGUUGGAAAGAUGUCUCAGAAAAGAGAUUUCUGCACAGGAACUGCAUGAUUUAUAUUGUUGAGUUGUAGAAAACAUCAGUGUGAUACCAAGUCUUGUGAAAUGAAAUAAGAUUUAGAUUUAUUAAUUGUCAAGUUACUGAAAACACAAUAAUGAUACCAUAUCCUGUGACAUGGCUGAAAUUGGUUUAGUUUAUUGCAAAUACAUGCCCAUGGGCUAAUUGCAAGCACAAGCAAAGCAUCACAUAUGGUACUGGAAAAUAACGUACACUUAAUGUUAUACUACAUUCUAACAUAUACAUGUUGCUAGUUUUGUUUGGUUUGACUUCUGCUGAGAUUGCACUGUCAAGGUUUUGGAACCAAUGGUGAGAUACAAAGUCCUACCACAUGUAUGAAUUGUCCAGUUAAGUUGCCAAGAACAUCAGUAUGAUAUCCAAGUAAGUUUUCCUUGCCUUAUUUUCAAUAGGUCAUCAGAAAGAUUUGAUAGUGCUAAGUGUUAUAAUACUAAGUUUAGUUUAAACAUGAUUUUGACAAUAUAUUGGUGAGACCACACUUUUGAGUUGGGAUGAAGUUUUCAAUAAUAUGUGUAUCAACACAGAUGACAGUUUGUGAUUAAACAGUAUAACUUACAUGUAAACCUGA